GCGGCGCUCCGGCAGUCAGUAUUGAGCGGCUGGCGGUGUCACCUGGUCGGAGAGUCCGGCGAUUGAUCGCACAGAGUCAGCCCGAGCUCACCCUGGAUUCCCGGAGCUCGUCACCAUGCUUGGCCGGCUAUAGGAGCUCCAUGGAGCUAGCCAACUUCUACGAGGUCGAGUCCCGGCCAUCCAUGAGCGCCCAGCCUCAGCAGCACGCCGCCUACGGCUACAGGGAGCCCCCCGCCGCCACCGGGGACGUGACCGAGCUGUGCGACAACGAGAACUCCAUAGACAUCAGCGCCUACAUCGACCCGGCCGCCUUCAACGACGAGUUCCUGGCCGAUCUCUUCCAUAACAGCAAGCAGGACCGAGCCAAGACCACCAUGGACUACCAGCAGGGCCACCCUCCUAUGUAUGGCUGCAUGGCCACCUACCUGGACAGCAAGAUGGACAAUGGCCUGAGGCCCCUGGUCAUCAAACAGGAGCCCCGGGGGGAGGAUGAGGAGGCCAACCGGGUGUCUCUAGCUGCCCUCUACCCUCACCCUGCCAACCAGCACCCAUCCCACCUGCAGUACCAGGUAGCCCACUGUGCCCAGACCACCAUGCACCUGCAGCCUGGGCACCCGACUCCACCGCCCACCCCAGUGCCAAGUCCUCACCACCUUCCCCAUCACCACCAUCAUCACCACCACCAGCUGCAAGCCUCCUCCUCCUCCAAGGCAAUGUCCUCUUCAUCUUCCAGCUCUUCUUCUUCAUCAGAGACCAGAGGCAAGUCCAAAAAAUGGGUGGACAAAGGCAGCACAGAGUACAGGGUGAGGAGGGAGAGGAACAACAUAGCGGUCAGGAAGAGCAGGGACAAGGCUAAGAUGAGGAACGUUGAGACCCAACAGAAGGUGCUUGAGUUGUCCAAUGACAACGAAAAGUUGAGGAAGAGGGUGGAACAGCUGAGCAGGGAGCUGGAGACCCUCAGGGGCAUCUUCAGGCAGCUGCCAGAGAGCUCUCUGGUCAAAGUGAUGGGCAACUGUGCAUGAGGUCCAACCCAACCUCCUCAUUCUUGAUGCUUCCCUCCCCCCAACCCAUCUCUUGUGGAUCCUUACCAAGUGCCAAGAGUGAUAAGGACACUUUCAUGAACUUGGAUCCCAGACUUUGACUUUUUUUUCUUUCUCUCUAUGUUGCAUGAGGUCAAACUCAACCUCCAAAUUCUAGACUUCCAGUCCACCCUCCAUCUCCUGUGGAUCCUACCUAAGCAUCAAGAGUGGUAAGGACACUUCCAAAAACUUGGAUCCCAACCUUUGACUCUUUUUUCUUUCUCUCUAUGCUGCAUGAGGUCCAACUCAACCUCAAAAACUCUAGACUUUCACCCUCCAUCUCCUAUGGAUCCUACCAAAGCACCAAGAGUGGUAAGGACACUUCUGAGAACUUGGAUCCCAACCUUUGACUCUUUUUCUUUCUCUCUAUGUUGCAUGAGGUCCAACUCAACCUCAAAAACUCUAGACUUUCACCCUCCAUCUCCUGUGGAUCCCACCAAAGCACCAAGAGGGAUAAGGACACUUCCGAGAACUUGGAUCCCAACCUUUGACUCUUUUUCUUUCUCUCUCUGUUGCAUGAGGUCCAACUCAACCUCAAAAACUCUAGACUUUCACCCUCCAUCUCCUGUGGAUCCUACCAAAGCACCAAGAGUGGUAAGGACACUUCCGAGAACUUGGAUCCCAACAUUUGACUCUUUUUCUUUCUCUCUAUGUUGCAUGAGGUUCAACUCGACUUCCAAAUUCAUGACUUUCCCUCUCAAUCCAUCCUCCAUUUCCAGUGGAUCCUGACCAAGCACCAAGAGUGAUAAGAACACAUGUCCAUGAACUUGGAUCUCAGCCUUUGACCCCCCCCCCCCCCCCCAUCUCUCUUUCUACAGUUUUGCCAAAACAUUGGAUAUUUGUAUUUGUCCACCAGGCCCCUUUUUUGAUUGUGGUGACCACUUUGCAAGACAGUUAUGGUUAACUUCUCACAACCCGGUGCUAACGAAGUUGUGAGGAGCCACUAUUAGUCAACCACAGUCUACCAAAUGCUGUACUUUUUUUUAUGGUUCUUAUUUCUUAUUUUUUUUAUACUGUUUGUAAGAAAAAAAAAAGUUUUGAAUAACUUCUAUGCAACCUGUGGCUGGUCAAACUUUUUUUUUAUUAUGUUUUUUUUUUUUAAGGGGCAGUAAAGUUUGGUAAUUGUUGAAGAACAGUUUGCUGCAACUCCCAAUGGCAUUUUGGUGGGGUAAAUAACAAAAUCCUAUAGGACAAGCCCAGUAGGUCACAGGACGGGCAACCUUUUGGCCUUGGGUUGUUUUGGCAUCGCAGACUCCAGCGUGCCCUGUCAACACCGGAAAUACUGGAAGUUUUGGUGCCAACCCAGCUGGUGGCUUUAGGUUGACGUAUCGGUUUCUGGCAUGAUGGGUUUGGCUAUGAACAGGGGCAGUAAGAAAAGUUUUCUGCCACUCUCAAUGGCAUUUAGUGGAGUAAAUUAAUAAGGAGGUGAUCGGGAUUAUAUAGCACAAGCCCAGUAGGUCACAGGACGGGCAACCUUUUGGCCUUGGGUUGUUUUGGCAUCACAGACUCCAGCGUGCCCUGUCAACACAGGAAAUACUGGAAGUUUUGGUGCCAACCCAGCUGGUGGCUUUAGGUUGACGAAUUGGUUUCUGGCACGAUGGGUUUGGCUAUGAACAGGGGCGGCAAAGUUUGGUAAGAAAAGUUUUCUGCGACCCUCAAUGGCAUUUAGUGGAGUUAAUAAAUAAGGAGGUGAUCGGAUUCUAUAGCACGAGCCCAAUAGGUCACAGGACGGGCAACCUUUUGGCCUUGGGUUGUUUUGGCAUCACAGACUCCAGCGUGCCCUGUCAACACAGGAGAUACUGGAAGUUUUGGUGCCAACCCAGCUGGUGACUUUAGGUUGAUGGAUUGGUUUCUGGCAUGAUGGGUUUGGCUAUGAACAGGGGCAGGUGGAAAAGUUUUCUGCCACUCUCAAUGGCAUUUAGUGGAGUAAAUAAAUAAGGAGGUGAUCGGAUUCUAUAGCACAAGCCCAGUAGGUCACAGGACAGGUUCAGGCAACUUUUAGCUUCUGGUUGUGUUGGCACCACAAACUCCAGGGUGCCUUUUCAACACUGGAGGUUUUUGAUGCCAGCCCCACCAAUAGCUUGAGAUUGGCAUAUGAUGGGCUUUGCUAUGAACAGGGUAUAAUGAUGCACCUUUUUUUUUUAAAAAGUGCCUUCUCCUCAAUCAUAAUUUGGUGUAUCUGUUACUGUAAAUCUCGACCUCCAGUGCAGCUCAUUAACUCACCAGCAGAUUAUCUAUCAGGAGUUUAUGAUAUGAAGCAGAUAUGGACUUCUACAAAUAUUUAUAUAUGUAUUUCUUCAAUUCAUAGACAAGCUUUAUUCAGGAUAAGCCCUUGCCUUCACUUUCAGAGACGAUCAAUGUGCCAAGAGACUUUUUUUUUUUUUUUUUUUUUUUUAUUGAACGCACAAAACUUAUUUAAUGAUUUCAAUGACAAGCUGCAUUGUGGAGUAAAGGGAAUGGUGUCUUUGUGUGACACAGGCCAUCACAUUAUCAUACUGUAUUACAGAAUAAUAAUAAAAAAAAACACAUUAAGGCAUUUUUAUAAAAAAAAAAAA